AUGGCGAACUCGAAAGAGAACACUCCCACCGGGAGCCCGUCUCCCUCAGAAGAAAACUUAAGCGACAGUCUACCAGGCACGAUAGACAAGUCGCUACCCGCUGAAGGUAGGGACAAGCCUGUCCCUACAAGAAACCCAUCUUUCUCGCCACAGAGAUCCGUCUCGCCGCGAAGAUCGACUUCGCCGCAACGAUCUCCUCCGCCAAGAAAGGACGAGAGCCCUCCUCCGUCCGCACCACGCCGCUCGAGAAAAUCUUCCUCGAGCGACAAACCCCGCAGCUCGAAGAAAUCCUCCUCGAGCGAGAAGAUCCUCAAACUCAUGGAGAAUCUCGUCAAGCCACUCGCCGACGGUUUCGAGUCAAUGCGAGCACAGCAGAAAAAGACUCAGGAACAGGUGGAAGCCCUAGCACGAGAAGACGAUGAAAAUCCGUCAAGUCCCACCGACGGAACAACCCCCCGUCCUGCGCACUUCAGGCGACUUACCACUCAAGAGCUUGAACGGGUGAAUCGUCGCCUCGACGAGGUCGAUUCGAAAGUUCAUCGCGCCACCAGCUCAGCUCCGGAAUUGACGAAAGCACUCGCCGACACCCGAAGAAGCCCGCUCACCCGCAGGCUCCGCCAGAUUGAGCUACACGAAAGAGUUCGACUCAAAAUCGACUCUUACACCGGCGAAGAAGACCCCAAGAAGUGGCUAACCGCGUUCAACCUCGCCAUGAGGAGGGAGAAAUACAAAUCUUACGAUGAAAGGGAGGCCAACUACUGUCAAGUAUUCGUCGAGCACAUGGCGAAAGAUGCCUUGACCUGGUUCUCUAACCUCCCCGCCGAGUCGAUCGAUAACUUCGACGACCUAACCAAUGCUUUUCUGAAGCAUUACUCCAUGCACAUGACCCGAAUCACUCGGAACAUGUUCACCACAACGCAAACCCAAGGCGAACCAUUGCGCAGCUUUAUGGAAAGGUUCAAACAAGCAGCUCGCGAUACUGGCGACAUGCCCGAUAGCGUCCCGCUGGAAGCACUCCGCAACGGCCUCUGGUACGACUCCAAGUUUAAGGAGGAUUUGUCACUAAAACCCCCUGCGACUCUGGAGGACGCGUUCCACCGCUCUCGGAACUACAUCUUCCUCGAGGAAGACCAGCGCUUCUACGCCGAGAAACAUGGAGAUAGGAGGGCAACCUCGACGAAACCCAGAGAGGAACCCAUGGAGGCGCGAAGAAGACACGAUCCGAAGAGGUCUCUCCUCACAGCGUUCGCAGCAGCCGACGACGAGUUCGAGCAAGAACACGCAGCGGCCGUUUCGAUGCCACAAGACAUCAACUCGCUCGGAGAUGACAACGAUACCAAAGCUUUCUGCAAGUUCCACGGGAGGAACUGGCCACGCCACUGA